AUGGGUUCAUCUUCUUCGAAAGUUCCGAACGCGAAAACAGUCACCACAUCGCAACAAGAAGUUGAACCAGAUGCACAAUGCUCGGUACCAGAACCAGAAGCAAGAGACGAUAGCUUUUCAUUCCUGUUAGAUAAUUUGGAGCUUUCAUCGGUGUCCGAUGAGCAGCUCGCAGAAUUGUUCUCGACCGCACCGAUAAUCCACCACUAUGGUGCUGUCAAGAUUGUCAGAUUGUCCAAAACUCUUGCUCUAAAAGGUGGUCGAGGCGUUGCCCCAAGCGAGGCACGAAAUAUGAAGUUCGUCACCGAAAACUUGUCACUCUCUGCACCAAAGGUCUACCGAGACUUUGCUGCUGAUGUCCCCGGACCGUUUGAUGAGGGGUUAGUAACAGGUCAUUUUAUUGUCAUGGACUAUAUAUCUGGACCGACAGUUCAGGAGUGUUGGGAGUCCCUCGAUGUGCAUCAACGACAAUCAGCAGCUGAUCAGGUCGCCAGCAUGGUCAACACUAUGCAAUCCAGGCCUCUUGAUUUACCGUCAGGACCUGUUGGUGCGACAGGAGAUUUAUGUUUUGAAGGUCCAUGGUUCACUGAAGAUGGUGCCGGUCCAUUUCCAACUUUAAAAGAUCUAGAAGACUGGUGUAAUCACAAAGUCGACAUUUCUAUAUUGUUCAAAGAUAUACCUUCAGACUCUCCCAGAUUCAAAUUCGAGCAGCUGGUAUUCACGCAUCAAGAUAUUGCGCCAAGAAAUAAUAUUCUCGACGUGCAGGGCAAGGUGUGGAUGAUUGACUGGGGGCUGGCGGGUGCGUAUCCUCCUGGGUUUGAGCAAGCUAUUCUACACAGAGAGGCGAAAAGUGAUAAAGAGCUUGCGCAAAUGGUCCUCGCGAGGUUGUCAGAUCGACAAGAGCAUGUAUCAAGACAAUAUGAGUCAAUCGCGUUUGGGCUUUCGCGAGGAGCACAUCUUUGA